AGUUUUGAUCCUCUGUUUUGUUCGUAUCGGAACGGAAUCGGAACGCGUACAGGAUCGUGUAAUUUAAAAUUUAUAUUAAUAUUAUUGAACGUAAACCUGUCGUUACAUUAACUUUUAACCAAUUCAAGGACGCUGAGGCUAUAAUCAAUUAAUUAAUAAUAACUAUUCAGUUGCGCGUGUGGAUAAUUACGUGAAAAUAUAGAACAAUGCCGGUGCCCCUUCCAGAAUCGGACUCGGAAGAUGAAUUGCCACCGGCCUGGGAAGAGCGAGCCACCAACGAUGGGUUUGUUUACUACGUAAAUCAUCAAACCAAAUCGACGCAGUGGACGCACCCCCGAACCGGUAAGAUGAAGCGAGUGUCGGGAGAACUUCCACUGGGCUGGAGCAAACAGGUUGAAGAACCGACGGGGAAGAUUAUCUUCGUUGAGGAUGCCACGCAGAGGAAGUCCUACACGGAUCCACGGCUGGCAUUUGCAGUGGAAGAAGCCCCCCAGGUGGUGGGGGAAUUGCGACAACGGUUCGACGCGGGUACGAAUGCCCUUCAAGUGCUACACGGUAGGGAUCUGAGUGGUAAAAUUGCACUAAUUACCGGGGCCAAUGUCGGAAUUGGGUUCGAAACGGCGCGAUCGCUCGCUUUACAUGGGUGUGAGGUGAUUUUUGCCUGCCGCAAUGAAUCCGCUACGAAGGAAGCUAUUGAAAAGGUAUUAGCUGAGAAGGAAGCAGCUGGGCGGCGGUGCAAGUUCGUGAAGUUGGACCUAGCAAGUCUACGAUCUGUCAAGGAGUUUGCUCGACAAGUGAAGGCCGAAUACAAACGUUUGGACUAUUUAAUUUUGAAUGCCGGGGUGUUUGCAUUGCCCUACAGCACUACCGAAGAUGGUUUCGAAACAACGUUCCAAGUGUCUCAUUUGUCCCACUUUUAUUUGGCCAAUCUUCUUGCCGGUCUGUUGGAUCACACUUCAAGAGUUGUUGUGGUGUCGUCUGAGUCACAUCGCUUCAGCCUGCUACCGAACGAUUUAUCCGAAAGCGAUCUUUCACCUCCGGCUAACAAAUACUGGAGCAUGACAGCAUACAACAAUGUGAAACUGUUAAACGUCCUAUUCGCGUGUGAGCUGUCCAAACGAUGGAAAACUCGAGGCAUAUCCGUAUUCGCCGUCCAUCCCGGCAAUAUGGUAUCAUCUCAGAUUGCUCGAAACUGGUGGUUCUUUAGGCUGCUUUUCACGAUUGUAAGACCUUUCACCAAAUCACUCCAGCAAGCAGCCAGUACCACUAUUUAUUGCGCCACGGCCCCGGAAUUGAAUGGCUUCACUGGGCUGUACUUCAACAAUUGCUACGUCUGUGAUCCCAGCGGCCCAUCCAAGAGCGAACGCAUGCAGCAAAGUCUUUGGACGCUGAGCGAGAAGAUGGUCGAGCGAUCCGUUAACCAGGAGGCUCUGUGAUCAAGUCUUAUGGCUGCUUCAUCUCAUAUUGAUAUUAGGGGCAAGGUUUUCUUAGGAGAGAGCUUGGUGUAAUAGUAUUAAUUAAACUGUAAAGCUGGGAAAAAA